AUGGCCACCAACACCUACCCACCAGGUGGUGACCCCGGUAUCCCCGGCCCCCAGGACAUCGAAACCAAAGCCUCAGCCUACCACUCCGAGAAGGCCCCCUCCGCCUCGGACGGCUCCUCCCCCAAAGUCGAGGCCGUCACCAAGACAGAGCACGCCCGGCCCGAAGAUUUCAACAUUUCUCCGGCCGAGGAGAAGCGCAUCAAGCGGCACAUCGACCGGCGCCUCGUCAUGACGGUCGGCGCCAUGUACUGCGUGUCGCUGAUGGACCGGACCAACCUGGGCGCGGCCAACAUCGCGGGCAUGGGCGUGGAGCUGAAGCUGAUCGAGAACCGGUACUCGAUCGUUUCGCUCGUGUUUUUCGUCACCUACAUCCUCUUCCAGCCGCCCAGCACCGUCAUCUGCCGCAAGAUCGGGCCGCGGAUUCAUAUGAGUGUGCUCACGACGCUGUGGGGUGCCGUCAUGAUCGGCAUGGGCUUCGUCAAGAACUGGGAGCAGUUGGCGGCGUUGAGAGUCGUGUUGGGUGUUUUGGAGGCUGGCUUCUUCCCCUCGUGCGUUUACCUCCUCUCCACCUGGUACACGCGCUACGAAGUCGGCAAGCGUAACUCGGUCUUCUACCUCACCGGCUGCGUCGCCUCCGCCUUCGCCGGCAUUCUCGCCUACGGCCUGAUGCAGAUGAACGGCCUGGCCAAGCUCACGGGUUGGCGCUGGAUCUUCAUUAUCGAAGGCAUCCUGACCUGCGUGCUGGGCAUCGCCGGCUACUGGCUUCUCGUUGACUUCCCCGAUAGCCCGCGCGCCACCUGGUCCUUCCUCUCCGCCCGCGACCGCGAGUGGGUGUGCGCGCGCGUGCAGGCCGACCGCGGCGAUGUCGUGCCCCAGAAGUUCGUCACCAGAAAGUAUCUCGCCUCCGGCCUGGACUGGAAGGUGUGGGCGUACGCCAUGAUCUUCUUCAACACCACCACCAUCAGCUACGCCUUGUCUUUCUUCCUGCCCAUCAUCCUCAACACCGGCAUGGGCUUCAACAUUGCGCAAUCCCAGUGCCUGGUCGCCCCGCCCUACGCCUUUGCCGGCUUCGUCAUGUUCGCCGGCGCGUGGGUUGGCGACAAGUACCGGGUCCGCGGCCCCAUCGUCGCUUUCAACGCCCUGCUGGCCAUCAUCGGCGUGCCCAUCAUGGGCUUCGCCGCUAGCGCCAAGGUCCGCUACUUCGGCGUGUUCCUGGUCACUGCUGGCGCCAACUCGAACGUCCCUGCCGCUAUGAGCUACCAGGCCAACAACAUCCGCGGCCAGUGGAAGCGCGCCUUCUGCAGCGCCACCUUCGUGUCCUUUGGGGGCAUCGGCGGUAUUGCUGGUAGCUUGGUCUUCAGAGAGCAGGAUAAGCUCACCGGGUACAAGCCUGGUCUGUAUGCGUGCAUUGCGACCAGUUUGUUGACUUUGAUCCUGGUUGCGUGCUUGACGGUUUCGUUCUGGAUGGAGAAUAAGAAGGCGGAUAGGGGUGAGAAGGAGUUGGAGGCUGAUGAUGAUGAUGCCCAGCCUGGAUUCCGUUACACCUUCUAA